AUGGAAAAACUCUCCUGUCAAUGCUGUUUUACCGCAUCCGGGGUGGGGGGGAAGCUGUUUCUGUCUUCUAGAGGGUUAAAUUGUCAGGAAGGAUGGAAAGGAAAAGCACUUUCAGGUAUUGCCAGUUACUAACUGGAGACUGGUAAACCAGAGCUGCUGCCUACAGUCUUUAUCUCACUGCUGGUUGCGUUCAUCAGUGUAAAUAAUUCUCCGUGGACGGAUUACAGUGCGUACAGCUACUUUCAGAUUGUCACCAUGUGCGACUUGGUUAUGAUUUUGUUCUUCUACAUUAUCCACAUUUUCAGAGUCUACAGGAUUCUCACUUGUGUUAGCUGGCCACUUGCGGAGUUUCUUCAUUAUUUAAUUGGUACAAUUCUGCUUCUCAUUGCAUCGAUUGUAGCAGCAUCCAAGAGUUACAAUUUGACUGGACUUGUGGCUGGAGCGACUUUCGGGUUCCUAGCUACGAUCCUUUGUGUUUUAAGCAUAUGGUCAUCCUACAAGGUUUCGUGCAUCACGCAGUCAACAAAUGCAUCUGUAUGACUCCUCCAUCUCUGCAAGACGUCUGCCUUACAAAAUAGGAUACCAAAGAGGAUCGUCCACUACUGAUGAGAGAGCAUGGGUAUUUUGUUACUAGCCUGGACAGCCGGUAGCUUUUGAAGAUCUCCUUGAAUGCCUAUGCAAAACAAUGUUGUGAACCAAAGGUUUUUUGCUCCCCUCACUUCCCCCCCUCAAAGAAGUUUAUAAUGGAGAACCUGCUUUUUAUGAGCUUUACAGAGAAAGACAACUUCUGCCUCACAAGCUGGGCUGCGGUCAUUUCCAGCUAUUUGCAAUAAGUGCAUUUAAAACUCAUUUGGAGAGUCGUUUGGUUCUCCGUUCAGAGGGAUGGAAAAAUUGCUUCUGAUUUUCCUCCAUCUGUUUACAGAAGGGAAAUCCUGCAAAGUCCUACCUGAUUCUUAACUUCAAAGGAUGAUUUGCUUAACGAAGGAACUGUUACAAACUGAUUUAUGCCUGGAUAAGCUGACCCAAGUCUUUGUUACCUCUUUCUAUCAGAACUGUGGACUUUUUCUAACAUCAGCUCAGCCAGCAUCAAAAAUUAUGAACUGCAACUUGAAUACGUCACUGCAAACACUCCCUCCUAGCCCCAACUGUACAUGAUGAAAUCGGGUUUUUUCUCCAUGAAUUUUUACAGGUUAUUAACAAUCAAAGAUUAUUCUUUAAAACUUCCCUCUGCCAAAUACAGAAAAAUACAUACCCAAGAAUAUGUGUUUAAUGUUUUGUGGGACCUUUUCACAAAUACAAAUACCCAUUUUACAAAUGAGUAAGACCCAUUCUGUAGACAAUUUCUGUGCAUUUGCUAUAAAUUAUUCUCUUUGGAGUCUAACAGUGUUUAUGGAAAGCCCAUUGUGAAUGGAGCAAUGUGCUGCUUUCUGUGUCUUACGUGCGGUUUGUCCCUUCCUCUGCCUCUGCUGGGAUCCAUGCUUUUGGAGACUCUGCCCAGAGCCUGGACAGGCAGAACAGUUCAGUUUUGUCCAAGCUGGUAUUGUCAUGAAGUUUUGUGUAACUUCGAGGCUGAGACAAUGUCUUCUUGGCACCUUUGUCUUUCUCUCCUUUUGCAGUCCGUCUCUGGUGAGCUGGAAAUUAUUUGCAGGAAAAAGGGAAGCACAGGCCCGUCUUCCUUGGUGCUUUCCCUUUUCAUGUCUAGCUGUGAAGUAGAACUUGUACUUAUAAGUUGGUCUCUUCUGUCAGGACAACUGCAUGAUGGUGCAGCAGGUUUCUGCAAAACGUAGGAUUUAUACAGUUUACCAGGUCCCAUCUGGAGGAAAGAAGCAUUUUCUGGCGUGCUAUGCAUUCUCCUAUUUGUCUGAAAUUCUGCGCCAAUACUGCUGAGUAAUUUAAUGGUCCUCUCAUAAAAUUCUUUUUGUGCCUCAUAGCAGGUCAUCAUACAUUGCCAUUUGUUGCCACCUUAUUUUUUUCUCUCAUCCUAAUAUAUGUAUCUUCACUUUGAAUUUUUUUUUUUUUUUUUUAC